CCUUUCCCGCCCGGCUUCCAGAUCAAAUCCCAACAGAGCGAAGUAACCCGAAUCCUGGAUGGGAAAAACAUCAAGUACGAGCUGGUGGAUAUCUCCCAGGACAACGCUCUGCGGGAGGAGAUGAGGGCAAAGGCCGGUAACCCCAAAGCCAUCCCGCCCCAGAUCGUCAACGGAGACCACUACUGUGGGGAUUAUGAGCUCUUUGUGGAAGCAGUGGAGCAAAACACCCUGCAGGAGUUCCUGAAGUUGGCCUGAGCCCCAGGCUCCCCUUUCGUCCUGGACUCUACCUGCAUUCCUGAGCACCCUCAUCUCCGACCACCUUCACUUCCAGGUUGUCAGCGCUGUCCUGGCACCACGACCUAUAUCCCAGCACAGGGAAAUCCAUGACCAAAACUACUCUUUGCAGCUGCCUGCGAUUCCCUCCUGCCUAACCCUGAUAUCAUCUCAAAGGGAUCCAAAGAAAGUCUGAUGCUCGCUGCGCAUGGCCUUUGAGCAAAGCUGGGCCUGGCUCACAGCAGCUUCCAGUGCCUCUGUACACAGCAAAGCCUCUGGGGCUGUGUGAAGUGCAGCCGUCUGUCAGCCCUCGCCUCUGCAGGGAGAGCUUCUGCUUCAGGAGGGAAAGGCUUAGGGUUGAUGUUACUUCCCACUUCUCCCAGUUGCUGUUAAAAUUGUAAACCCUGCUGCCUCACUUCCCUUUUUUA